AUGGGUGUUUUAGAUGGUUAUCUUCCGGUAAUGGUUAUGAUAGGGUUACAGUUUCAUUAUGCACUGCUUGCAAUGUUUACAAGAGCUGCUCUAUUAGAUGGAUUGACUCCAACCGUUUUUGUAGUGUACAGACAAGGCAUAGCCACUUUGUCAUUGGCACCUAUCAUUUUUUCAUCUAAUAAGAGAAGACAAUCUUUGAAGACUUCAAUAGGAUGGAAGAGUUUGUCUUUGAUGUUUCUGACCUCUCUUAUUGGGGUUACAGCAAAUCAAAAUGCAUAUUUUAGUGGAUUAUUCUACGCAUCUUCUACUGCAGCCACUGCUAUGAGUAAUUUGAUACCUGCAUUAACUUUUGUAUUUGCAGCAAUUUUGGGAUUUGAGAAAAUCAAUCUUCGAAGUUUACGAAACGUGGCCAAGAUAUUAGGGACAGUUUGUUGUGUCAGUGGAGCCUUAACCAUGGCAUUUCUCAAAGGACAUAAGUUGUUACACAUGGAAUUCUUUCUUCCUCAUUCUAUACGUCUCACUGCAAGUGAAGAUGAUAAUUGGAUUCUGGGUUGUUUGUUGCUGUUAGCAAGUAGUUUUUUUUGGUCAUGUUGGAUGAUUAUGCAGGUACCGAUUUCUUCAUCCUGUCCGGAUCAUGUAUUAUCGACGUUUUGGAUGUGUUUAUUCGCUACGAUACAGUCUGCUAUAUUUGCACUGCUGAAAGAGCCGGAUCUUCACGCAUGGAUUUUGCCUUCUCCUUUACAAAUUUCAUGCAGUUUAUAUGCAGGAAUUGGAAUUGCGUUUAGCUUCUUCGUUCAAUCGUGGUGCAUAUCAGAAAGAGGUCCGUUGUAUUGUGCAAUGUUCAACCCUCUAGCAACUGUCAUCACUGCAUUGGUAGCUGCUACAUUCCUAGAGGAAAAGCUAUACGUUGGAAGUUUGGUUGGCGCGGUUGGAGUGAUCGUUGGUUUGUAUAUUGUGUUAUGGGGAAAAGCCAAAGACUUCGAUGGUAAAAAACAAGAGCUGCCACAAUCAAAGAUGGAGGAUGAUGAAAGAAGUAAUAGAAUAGAUUUGGAAGAACCACUUCUUGCAGAGAAAUCAGAAUAUGUAGCAGAGAUAAAAAUGGAGGGCUAA